AUGAAGUUGACCUUGGUAGCAUGGUUAAUUGUGCUGGUUGGUGCGUACCAGCACUACUGCUGGUGCAAGUGUAAUACCAAGAGCUUGGUUCGAGCAAUAGAUAAGUGUGGCACAUGUACCAAAGAGUUUUGCUUGGAAGAGGAUAUGAGUCUAUGUGAAAUAGAGGAUCCAGACGGAUCGAAAAUGGCAAGAAGGGAACUGUCUAUAAUUCUCCAAUGCUUCCAAGUGGAGUCAUUCAAGGAGACUGUGAUCGUUUAUUUAUUCAUAGCAGCAGUUGGAUCUCUUCUUGCCUAUGUUCUUUAUCUGGACUAUAUAAAAGCAUGA